CUGGUGCCGAGACAGUUCAGUUCUCCACCAGCGACACUGUCCUUCUAGAACUCCCGACAGAGGCGCAGCUGCUGCAGGCUGGGGAUGUGAUGGGGUGAUUGCUGACAUCCCCUUCACCCACCCCCAUCUCUCGCUUUAUUAGCACUGUACUAAAAACAAUGGAUGCAAAUUUCUCAACCGUACAAGAUGGCAAGCAGCUAACGCCAGAGAGAGACUCAUCUAAACGUGUUCUGACAGGAUGCUUUCUCUCUCUGCUCAUAUUCACCACGUUGAUAGGCAACACCCUUGUGUGUGUCGCCGUCACCAAGUUCCGACACCUGAGGUCGAAGGUCACUAACCUAUUUGUCAUCUCUUUGGCCAUCUCUGACCUUCUGGUAGCUAUUUUGGUAAUGCCAUGGAAGGCGGCCAUGGAGAUUGUGGGAUUUUGGCCAUUCGGAGCAUUCUGCAACAUCUGGGUUGCGUUUGACAUCAUGUGUUCCACUGCCUCCAUCUUGAACCUGUGUGUCAUCAGUGUCGAUCGUUACUGGGCCAUCUCUAGCCCUUUCCGUUAUGAACGAAAGAUGACCCCAAAAGUGGCGUGCCUGAUGAUCAGUGUGGCAUGGACCCUUUCUGUACUCAUCUCCUUCAUCCCAGUUCAGCUUAACUGGCAUAAAGCUGAAACCACCAGCUACACAGAGCUCAACGGGACCAGCGACCUACCCACUGAUGACAAUUGUGACUUCAGCCUUAACAGAACCUACGCCAUCUCCUCCUCUUUUAUCAGCUUCUACAUCCCUGUGGCGAUCAUGCUCGUCACCUAUACCCGGAUCUACCGCAUUGCCCAGAAACAGAUCCGGAGAAUAUCUGCGCUGGAGCGAGCAGCAGAGAGUGCCAAAAACCGCCACAACAGCAUGGGGGCUAGUUCGAACAUGGACAGCGAGAGCUCGUUUAAAAUGUCGUUCAAGCGAGAAACCAAAGUCUUAAAGACACUCUCGGUCAUCAUGGGUGUGUUUGUGUGCUGCUGGUUGCCCUUCUUCAUCCUGAACUGCAUGGUUCCCUUCUGUGAAGUCAACCUGCCAGACGGGUCCACGGAAUUCCCCUGCAUCAGCUCCACUACUUUCGACGUGUUUGUGUGGUUCGGUUGGGCGAAUUCCUCCCUCAAUCCCAUCAUCUACGCCUUCAAUGCAGACUUCCGCAAGGCCUUCUCCAUCCUUCUGGGCUGCCACCGGCUCUGCCCGGGAAGCAACGCCAUUGAGAUCGUCAGCAUUAACAACAACAUGGGUGGCCCUACCGCCAACCCCAACUGUCAGUAUCAGCCCAAGAGCCACAUCCCAAAGGAAGGCAACAACGCAGGGGGAUAUGGGAUUCCCCACAGCAUCCUGUGUCAGGAGGAGGAGUUACAGAAGAAAGACGGAUGUAGAGGAGUGGUGAUGGAGGUUGGAAUGGGUAACAACACUCUAGAGAAACCCUCCCCAGCCAUCUCUGGGAACUUAGACAGUGACAAUGAGGUCACUCUGGAAAAGAUCAACCCCGUAACUCAGAACGGGCAACAUAAAACAGUGUCAUGUUAAGGAAACGUUGGCAAGGAUGGAUUGAACAAUAAUGCUUACAGAAAAACCCACACAAGAGAAAGGUGGGGAAAAAAACUUAUUAGAAACAAACAUUCCUGAGAAUACAAGAAUAUAAACAAGUGACGGGACUUUUGACUGUCAACAAAAAUCCACAAGGGGGAAAAAAAAAAUAACCCCAACAGAAUGUUUUCAUGUAAAGGCACUUUAUCCUGGAUAUAACUAUCUGCAAAAUACGUUCA